AAGCGCACCAGACGGGCGGUGCUCGCGGAGUUUUCGCUGGUUGACAGACGGUCGUUGUGAGGCGACGACGUGCGGCGCGAUGAGUUUGACAGUGUCGAUGACGCUCGAGUGACGCGCAUUUCUUUCUCCGCCUCUCCUAUCCCCCUCUGCGCGUCUUGGAAUCGAAUAAAAAACACGAGAGUGACUGAUUCGUCGAGAUCGAGGGAGAUGCGUUCAAGGAGAAUCCCGUGACGAAAACGGGAUCUCGCCAAGCAUUUUAGGAGCAUUAUUAUGGCAGAAUGGACGAACGUAAAUUGCUGCCGUUGCUGAUACUCUUCCUGGCAGGAUGGCAGGAAGCAGUGGCCGUGGUACCGAUGCGGCAUGUUGCAGUGGACGUGGGUAAAGAUCUGAAAUUGGCCUGUGCCGACGAAAGUGCCCUUUCACAUUUUGAAGAGUCCAGUGUGAUGUGGAUAAGAGAGGGACGAGAGGAUGAACAAAUCAGUCGACUGAAAGUUGAACCGAAUGGUGUGUUGGAGCUAUUAAACGUCAGCGUGGAUGACGCCGGAAAUUAUUCAUGUACUUUGGAUGGUGAACUCGCUGCUAGGAUCAACGUGGAAGUCAGGACACCUCCUCCAGCUCUACACAAUGUUUGGGUCAAGCCAUCCACGAUAUUGGCCAACAUUCUCUGGGAAGUGGCUGGCACUGGCGGAUACCCUAUCAUAGACUUCACUGCCGAAUAUCGUUUGAAACCAGUCGCAGGCGAAGAACCGGAAGAUUGGAAACCUAUUACUCCAACACAUAUUCCUCCAAAUUCUAGACAAAUAGAUGUGUAUCAUUUGGUGCCAAACACUACGUACUCGUUUCGAGUGUGGGCAACCAAUCAGCUGGGAAAAGGAGAGGUCGUGGAAGUCGAGGGUCACACACAUUACAGUGUAGAAGAAUUGGAGCUCGCCCGACAUCUUUUAGCCGGCGUAGAGAAUUUCGAUACGCGCGUCUGGGUGGCAGCCGUAGGUAUUGUGAUGGGCACACUUAUGAUUCUCGGUUUAGGUACUUGUUACCUACUGUAUCGCGAGUGCAAGGCACCCUCGCAGCUGGAGGAGCAGGAGGUGAUUGAGCUCGUGCCCAACAUCAUUCUGAACCCGGGAUUUUUCGACGAGCGCACCGAGCAUGUACCGCAAGACGAGAAUUUCAACAAUCAGACGACUACGCGCCUUAACAACAACAGCGUCGUGCAACCUAGACGGCUUUAGCGUUUUUUGUUUAGCUUAGACCUGCUCCGCUCUAAAGUGAGUGAAUUGGACGCAGUUUUCCACGUCACGUCGAACGUAAGUAACCGAAUUUAUCGGAAAGGCCUCGAGUUUGUCUAAAAAUAUAAAAAAGAAGAAGAAAAAGAAAAUGAACGAUAAUUGACAAAAUCGAUAAAUUAGGAAAACGCAAGACUAUCAUGGCGAAAGGAGAAUAAAUUCCAUUGAAAUUUCGAGAAAAUUAUGAGAUACUUCAAAAGUCCAUUAGUUUGAAGCGUCUUAUUAGUUUUCUCGAUUUUUCUCUAUUGGCAAUCAGAGAUCGAACGAAAGAAUGGGCUUUUAUUCUAAAAGGGUUUUUCUAGAACCCGCGUCUCUCUUUAACGCGACUUUAAAAAUUCCAGAAAACCGCUGUUAUUCUUGGAAGAUUUAUACAAGUUUCAAGGAUAAAGCGUAGAUAGAUUUUUAUAUACGCAGUAGAGAGAAGUGUAAUUUUAGAUAGAUUAAAGCUCGUUUUCGAGAACCCGGGAGACAUGUCUCCGUAUCAAAAUAUUAUAGUAAUGGUAAGUGGAUUAUUUCAAACUUGUAGAAACAAACGAGACUGUCGAAACGAAAGGAAUUGACAAAAAAAAAAAAAAGAGAGAAAUUUUCGUUUUCGUUCUCGUUCGAUUUCUGAUGCUAUGACGCAACAAUGAAGUGUUCAAAAACCAGAAUGUAAGACUUCACAUCAGAUUUCUUUGCGAGAGGAGGUAGUAGAUUUUUUAGAGAUGUUUACAGCAGGACGUUCUCUUUUGUCUUUCUCUCUCACUCUCUCGCAUAUAGUUUCUCAAUGAGACACAUUCAAUGAUUGCUCAGUGAUCGAGCUUAAAAGAAGUGGAAUUCCUGUGAGCCAAAAGAAUUGUAGUAAGACUGUAACUCUAAGAGUAUAAUUUAAAGGAAAA